AUGUUCAUCACCAACGAGUGGUACCGCAGCAUAUUUUUCAACAUCACCAUUGUAUCACUAUGCGCCUUCAUCGCACCAGGAUUAUGGGCCGCAAUGAACGGGCUGGAUGGAGCGGGAGCCGCCGAUCCUACCUACAUCAACGCCGCGAAUUCAGUCGUCUUCUGUCUACAAGUGCUGGUGUGCAUAUUCGGCACCCCCACUGAUCUCAAGGAUAGGGCUGAAAUGCAGCAGGAAUGCUUGUCUUCCCGGUCUAUGCUUCCAGUGUAUACUGCAACAUCAAGUUCGACAAUAAGUGGGUUCUUCCUAGACUGGAGGAGACCCAGUGUCAAUACGCAAGCAAUAGUCGCUUUUAUUCUGAUUUAUGCAUUCGAGCUAUCACUCUACCUCUAUGCAAUGGUCAUCACAAAACAGUACGAGAACCGAGACACAAAACCUUCGUUUGACUGGACAGAUGAUGGUUUCGGAAGAUCGGCAUGCGUCUACAUCCUCAUGCUAGUGGGAUUCAACCUCAUGUACGACUACCUCUACUGGCUCGUCGGAACGAUCAAUAAGAGUGGCGGGGAAGUGGUUCGGCUAAGCGCAGUGAUACGAGGCAUCGAAAGUGCAGGGCAGGCAAUCUCUUACGGCACCAAUUCAAUCAAUCAGGACCAAUUUCCUCUAUCCGGAGCCGUUGCGGUCAAUAUGAGCGUUUUUGUGGUUUGUAUCGUUCCGUCUUGGCUUGUUAUUUGGAGGGUUGGUGUGCUUAAUGGCCUCAAGGUUCAUUCUAUUGUUCAGGAUGAGGUUGCAGAAGACCCUUUAGAGGACACUCUGCGGAGUGAUUCUCAUGCUGCGCCGUGGGAAUCUUCUCGUGAGCGUGUCAGCCCUAACUUGAACAUACUAAAGCCCACGUGGUCUAUCACAAUGCGCUGCCAUUCAGCAAUCCACUUUAUCCUCUGUACAUCACCGGUCCUGGGAAGUCCAGUACCAGUAUAUACAAUAUCAGACCACGUCAACGUCCCAAGCAUUCUCACCAAGCUAUUCGACACCACAAAUCAACUCUACCUCGACCAAAACAUAACCAAAGACCUAUUCGAACUCAAAUCCCGAAUAUAUGACAUCGCCCUAGGCAGAACAACACCAGUCCAAAGCAUAGCCGAAGCACUAACCACCCUCUCAACCCUCCAAACCAACGUAAACCCCCUCCAACGUGCCCUAACCCUAGCACGCAACAACCUAAUCCCAUCAAACAUCCUCGACAUCCUCUGGGGAAUAACGAACAAACGAAUAAACUCAAUAACGAACACAAACCCCAAAGCCCCAAAGCCCCCAAUCUACCCAACAAACCACCCAACCGACGCCCCAUACUCAGUCCCAGAAACAAACCUACGCUCCGCAAUCCACAUCCCAGAAACAUUCACGUACGGCAAAACAAACAAAACCCCAAUCCUCUUCAUACCAGGAACAGCAGAUCCAGCAGGGAGCACCUACUACUUCAGCUACACGAAGCUAUUCACAGAAUACGCAUUCACAGAUCCAGUCUGGGUGAAUAUACCCGGCGAUUCGCUAGACGACAUCCAAACAAACGCAGAGUACGUAGCAUACGCGAUCAACUACCUAUCCUCAAUAUGCAACCGCACCAUCGGCGUGCUAUCCUGGUCUCAGGGUGGAAUCGACGUGCAAUGGGCAUUGAAAUACUGGCCGUCGACACGGGCCGCAGUUAGUGAUUUCAUGGCUGUCAGUGCUGAUUUUCACGGGACUGUCAUGGAUAUCCUGUGUGAUCUUCCGUCUCCGUUUUGCACGCCUGCGAUUUCGCAGCAGGGGUAUGAGACCAUGUUUGUGAAGGCUCUGAGAGGAGGUGGUGGUGAUUCGGCGUAUGUGCCUACGACGAGUGUGUAUUCGGGUUACGAUGCCAUUGUGCAGCCGCAGAGUGGGGGAAUGGGGGCAUCAGCGUUUUUGGAGGAUGAGAGGGGGGUUGGGGUUGAGAAUGUUCAGGUUCAGGUUGCUUGUCAGGGGAUGGUUGGGGGAGGGUAUUAUUCGCAUUCUUCUGUGCUUGUUCAUCCGUUGGUGUUUGCGCUUUUUGUUGAUGCUUUGGAGCAUGAGGGGCCUGGGCGGUUGGAUAGGAUUGACCUUGGGGGUGUUUGUGGGAUGUCUCUUGCCCCUGGGCUUGGGUUGGACGAGUUUUUGGGAACAGAGGUUAUUGGGGAUGUUGUUGGACCGCUUAAUACUUUGUUGUUUCGGCAUGCUUCGAAUGUUGAGCCGCCGCUUAGGGGUGGUCUCUAUAUCAUACAUACAAAGUCAAAGGCUUUCAUUGGGUAUUAUUGUGUGAAGCUCUAG